AAAUAGCCCUAUGUUUUAGCAUAUAAGAUGCAUAGAAAGCAUAUUCCCAGUUAUCUAUCCACUGCGUCCACGCUUAAGACCGUGUUUGGCAUACGCCUUCAAAACUUCAACUUCCAAACAUUCAGAUAAAUUUCAGCUGCAUACAAUCUCUCUUCCAACAACUCAAAUCGUCAAAAAUUUAACAUUCCCUCUAGCAAAAGAUCGAAAAGAAUCAUGGCGACCCCACAAAUUUUGCAGACGGAGCAGGAUCUUCUUAUGUAUGCGUCCCUCUUUCCCAAAGAUGAAAAUGUGAGACCUCGAGGCGUGGAAAUCGAGAAGAAGAUUGAGUAUCUCGAGAACUUGGCCGGAAAUGUUAGGAACAGGAGAUCUCGCAGAUGGUUAAAUGAUCGCUUGUUGAUGGAGCUCGUUCCUCGGUUGAAUGCUGAGGAGAUUAGAGGAUUGUUUGCUCCACCGCCAUGGGGUGAGGAUGUGCCUCGUUCAGCAUUUUGCAUGACAAAUGUGGGGGAGUGGGAUAACUUCAGAAACAUAGACAUGGAUAAGGAGGCAUCAAUCAUGGAAUCGCUUGAAAACUCAUCAUCAAAGAGGAGAGAUCGCCAAGAUGCUGACAAAGUUGCUGUACUGACUGCCUGGCACCGUGUAGAUGGUAGGACUAGGGAGGCACUUCGUCGUUGUUAUCUUACGGACUUGGUCAGUGGAUAUGAGGAAUGUGUACGUUCGUUCGUCAAGGACAGUGGGAACAAAGAUGUUCUAGUCCUGCGCGUUCAAGAUCCUUUCCACCGGUUACUACUACAUGGCGUUUGUGAGGUAUUUUCUUCCAUACUAUUUAUUUUAUCACGCCUUGAUUCCCCUCUUUGGAGGUUUCCAAUGGAUCACCAGGCUUGUAUAUUUGUCCACGAGCACGACGUUUUGACAAAUUAUUUUUUUUCAGACAAGAGGGAGUUUUGUGUAAGACCGUCGAACAUGUCCUAACCCCAACCCAAACACUAUAAAACGUUAACAAAAUUACAAAUAUGUCAUUGGAUAUCCGUGACGAAUUUGGACUCAUCAGACAAUCUUACACAAGUUUUAACGUAGAAAUUGCAUAUUUUGCUUCCAAUUUGUUACACAUCAGAUUUUAUAACUUGACACGAAUGCUUUUCCACAGUUCUACAACCUCAUCUCGACCACGGUGGCCCAGUCGAAAGGUGGCAGUGCACCCGUGAAGACGACUAGGAUAAAGAAGAAGCAGUCGCCGUCGUCGGAGCUCCCCAAGAUAACACUGUGUAACUUCCUGAAAAUGGCAAAAGAAGGGUUCUGGUGAUCCCUUGUAUCUGUGGAAGUGUACCAUAAUAACUAGCUUGUAAAUUAUAUCUACUACAACAAGGUGCUUAGAUUUGGAAGUGUUUCCAUUUAACCGUUGUAAUAAUUGCCCUAAGCUAGAUAGGCUUGUUGUGUAGAAAUGCCUCAUUUCUUCACACACACGGGCUGACCGGCUUCGGGCCUUCUGUACUUCACUUUAUUUCAUUCAACAUAUUGUAUAUUUGUUAAUUGUUAA